AUGACCCCAGUACUGUAACAAUUGCGCACUGCAGUGGUGGUGAAUAUCGGUUGGUGAAUUUUGUUUUUUGGUUUGGGGCUGGUUUAGAUAAAGUUUUGGAAGUACUGAGAAGAGACUGAUUUAAAAUGAUAAUGCUAAUCUUUUUUGUAACAAGCUUAUUUAUCAGCACAUCAUUUUGUUCUCCUGUUGAGACGGUGGAAGUAGAUGCUCAGGAGAGUAUUCGUGAAAAUGAGGAUUUUGUCAGACUUCUUUACCACCAAAGAUAUACAGAAGAUAAUUUCAAAGUUAAGUCACCCAGACAGGGAAACUUAACUUUGUUUGGUUUCACAUGGGAUAAUUGUGGUGGCAAAACUGACGAUGUUCAAGUGAAAACACUUUCUGUGAAGCCUGAUCCUAUUGUUGUGCCAGGCACUGUAAGUGUUGAUCUUGAUGCUGUUAUUGCGGAAACCAUCCAAACUGCAACUUCCCUAAUUUUGGUUGUAAAGAAAAAGUUGUUUGGUUCAUACAUUGAAGUACCCUGUGUUGAUAACUUUGGAUCAUGCACGUACCAAAACCCGUGUGAACUUGCCAAGAAGAUCGCGUGCCCACCCCAAUUGAAAGCUUUGGGAUGGUCAUGUCGUUGCCCAGUUCCUGCUAAAGAAUAUAAAGUGCCGAAUUUGAGUUUCAAAAUUCCAAAGCUUCCUCUUCCGCCAUCGUUAGAAAGUGGUGACUAUCAAGUCAAAGCAACUCUGAUGAACGGUGCGACACGCCUAAUGUGCUACCAAGUAACUGCUUCACUCAAAGCUGAUUAAAAAGUUUGUCAAGUUAAUGUUUUCGUAGGAUAAAAUAAGAUAAUGUAACGAUUUGAUAUAAAUUUUGAUAUAAACUUUUUGUGUGUAAAUUUUGAUACGUUUUUUUAUUAGUUGAUUUUGUGGGUUGUAAUAAUUGUUUUCAUUUGCAUUUAAAUGUUUAUUAAUUUUUUUAUUUACUUUUUUGAUUUCAACAGGGAUAAUCUUAAGAUUGCUCCUCCCGUAAUUCGUACGUCUAAGGCUAUCUGAGAUUAUCAACGAAAUCAAAGAGAAUUCGUUGUAAUAUUUUGUAUUUGCUCAGCUCUCGAAAUAAUGAAUGUCUGUUGUUAACAUGACCCUCCUCCUCCAUAUUUAUCGCCGUCAUUAUAUAAUAAUGUUGUUUACAAUUACGUUUUUGCCAAUUGAUUUGGUGAUUAAGAAUUUAUUUUUUAAAUAAACAUAUUUUUGUUG